UCACGUGCCCGCGGGAUGACGACAGCGGAAGUGCAGGACAACACUGAACACCAUCGCGAUGAGCGACGCGGACGCGGACAGCGCGCGGAUGGACAGCUUGGACGGAUGGGUCGCGAUUAAACGCGACGCCUUCGAGGACAGCGAGAGCCACAAGCUCAGGUUUAUUGUGGAGUGGAACGAGAUCGAGACCAAGUUCGCGGUGACGUGUCAUAACCGGACGCUCCAGCGACGCGGCGACGCGAGCAGCAGCUGCGCGGGUCUGUUCUCGGGCACGCAGCUGAGAUACGUGCACGCGCACCUGAGCGCGGUCCGGGACGAGCUCGAGCCGCUGUUCCCCGAGCUGACGCGCUUCCGGGAGGCGAGCGUGUGGGACCUGCUGUUCUCCAACGCGCCGCCGUGCGAUGCUGACGCGCAGUGCAGGCAGCUGGAGCGAUACUUCAGCAACGCCGUGGACGCGUGCGGCCGCAGGAUCGUGCUGGACGCGCUGUUCAGCGUCACUGAGGCAGACGAGCGCGAGUACUUCGAAAACCUGCAAGAGUUUAAAUGCAAAGCGAUGCGGGACGAGAUUACGCGCGCCAAAGACGCGUUGCGCGCGCUCGUUCAGACUCACUCCAGCGCUGACGGACUCCUGCGGCUGAUGAAGAUCUACGAGGAGGAAGAUGAGGCGUAUAGAGAGUUUGUGAGUGUGGCGACUCAGUUCUACCAGAACCUCCUGCAGCCCUUCAGAGACAUGAGGGAGAUCGCCGCGCUCUACAAGACCGAGAUCCUGAAAUGUCUGCAGUACGAGGAACUGGGGCCGAAGCGUGUGUGUGAACUGAAGACAGAGAUGAACGAAUGGAGUCAACGAGGAGAAUCAGCCGUUCACUCCAUACAGGACAACACAGCAGAAUACUUCAAAGACACUUCCAGAGCCCUGACAGGUAUGGUGAAACAGAUGGAGCAGGAUCAAAAGAGAUUUGGCCACGCCUCUUGGGCACUGGCCACGCCCAGACAAGAGAACCUCAGAAUCCUAUUGGCUAAAGAGACACUGCAGCACAUGAGGGCCAAAGAGAUGUGCGUCAAACGCAAGAGAGUCGAGAUCCGAGAGCAGAUGCGCAGCGGGGCCGUGUGUGUCAGUGAGCUGGAACUCCAGUAUUACGAGACACAGGUGGAACUUCACGACUGCAGGUUUGAGAUCCUGAGGAACGAGGAGCUUCUGAUACUGACGCAGAUCCAGACCAUACAGAGACAGAUCACAGAGCUGAAGGAGCAGGUGGUGUACUACGACACCUGUCAGGACCCCGAGGAGCUGCAGGAGCUCCAGGUGGAUGUAAGCCCCGCCCACUCACAGCUGCACCAGCAGCUGAAACACCUGGAGAGCAAAAGAGGAGCGAUUUCAUCACGCAGAGCUUACCUGAGGAACCAGCGGGAGUUGUGUGUUCAGGCACAAGAGCAGCAGAAGCGUUCAGUCACACAGAGAUCCGCGCAGAACCGCCAACAUCACGCCGCACAGCUGAAGCGAGAGAAGAGGAGAGCUGAGGAAGAGCAGCAGAAGCAAUGGCUGGAGAACGAGAGAGCAAAGACACUCAACAGAGUGCGCUGCUUCAGAGAGAGACAUCAGGGUCAGUAUGUUUUACAUACAGAGUCACAUGACUCCAGCAGAGAUGACUCCUCCCAGCCCCUGUCAAUCAUCAGCCUGGGACCUCAGAGCUCCACACCCCGUAGGAAGGGGCGGAGUCAGAAGCAGCGUGAAAUCCCGGUGCAGAUUCUGCUGCCCUCUGGAUCUGGAUCUUCAUCAGCAAAACCAGACCAGACGCCUCCUCCUCCUCCUCCUCUUCUUUCUCCUCCUCUUCUUUCUCCUCCUCCUCUUCUUUCUCCUCCUCCUCCUCCUCUUCUUUCUCCUCCUCCUCUUCUUUCUCCUCCUCCUCCUCCUCCUCCUCCUCCUCUUCUUUCUCUUCCUCUUCUUCCUCCGCCUGCUCCACAAACCAGUGACAAGCUGCCGAUGCGAAACACUCUUGAACAAAACUCAGGGUCGAUGGACGAGCUCCUAGCAUCUCUUCAGCGCGGACAGAAACACCUGAGGAAGGUCGAGGUCGAGGUCAAGGUCGAGAGUGGUGAUGUCAGAGACAGCCUCCUGUCAGCCAUCCGUCAGGGCGUGGCCUUGAAGAAAGCCCCGCCCUCUCGAGCACCGCCCCUCAGCUCAGACUCAGAGUUAGAGCGCAGCAUCAAAGCUGCCAUGCUGAGGAUGAAGAAGGUCUCGAACGACUCUGACGAUGAAGAGCGCUCGGACUCGCCGUCUGGAGACUGGGAGAGUUAAACAGCCUGAAGUCUGUGAUUCUCCCCGAACGCUGCCGGAAACACGUGUGCCGUUUCAGCCAGGAUUACUAGUUGUGAUGCUAACUUCCUUCGCCAAUGUGAUGCUACAUUCAGAUCUCUUUGGGAUUUCGCACUGAAAUGUCUUGUCAUUAUGUAAGAAUACAGUUAAUUGCACUGAACAUUUGUGUCAAUAACAUUCGUGGCUCUGAACGGGUCCAUUAAAGUGCCUGAUCAGGA